AUGGGGCCUCCUCUUUACCACCUAUCAGAUUUGGCCCUUCCCUCCUACCAAGGAGACCGCUGGUAACAUUCACAUUUUUACAUGGAAUUUUUCGAAAUAAAGGGGGCGGUAUAGGAUUCGAACCCCCGAUAUCACUGCUAAGACCCUCCGACUCGCCCACUCGAGCCGCUUAGCCCUUCUUUUAAAAUUGGUGCAAAAGGUGCAUCAUGCUUAGGUUCUGGUUUAGCAAAUUGCAUUAAUCUAUCAAAUUUGACACUUUAACUUGAGGACAAUUAAAGUGGUGAUGAAGGAACAUCAGGCUUAGUUUCUGGUUUAGCAAAUUGCAUUAAUCUCUAAAAUUUGACACUUAAUCUUUGUGGCAAUAUAAUUGGUGCAAAGGGUGCAUCAGGCUUAGGUUCCUUUUUAGCAAAUUGCAUUUAUCUCUCAAAUUUGACACUUUAACUUUAUAGAAAUUAAAUUUGUGCAAUGAGUGGAUUAAGCUUAGGUUUUGGUUUAGCAAAUUGCAUUAAUCUCUCAAAUUUGACACUUAAUCUUUGGUACAAUUAAAUUGGUGGUUAAGGAGCAUCAGGCUUAGGUUCUGCUUUAGCAAAUUGCAUUAAUCUCUCAAAUUUGGCACUUGACCUUAGGGACAAUUAAAUUGGUGAUGAAGGAACAUCAGGCUUAGGCUCUGGUUUAGCAAAUUGCAUUAAUCUCUCAAAUUUGACACUUCUUCUGAAUAACAAUUAAAUUAGUGAAAUGGGUGCAUCAGGCUUAAGCUCUGCUUUAGCAAAUUGCAACAAUCUUACAAAUUUGGCACUUUACCUUUUUUUGAAUGAAAUUGGUAACAAAGGUGCAUUAAGCUUAGGUUCUGCUCUAGCAAAUUGCAUUAAUCUCUCAAAUUUGACACUUGAUUUUCGUCACAAUCAAAUUAGUGAAAAAGGUUCAUUAGAAUUAUGUUCUACUUUAGCAAAUUGCAUUAAUCUCUCAAGUUUGAGACUUGAUCUUCACUCAAACAAAAUGACAGAUUAAGAAGUCACUGCUCUUACCUCUGUUUUAGCAAAUUGCCUUAAUCUUUCAAAUUUGACUCUUUUCUUGAGAAAUAAUUAAAUUGGCGAUUAGGGUGCUAAGUAAUUAGGCAAUGCUUUAGCAGAGUGUUCUAAUCUCUCUACUUUGUAACUCUUAUUAAAUGAAAAUCAAAUAACUGAAUAGGGUGCAACAGAUAUAAGCUAUGCUUUAGGAAGAUGUGAUAAAUUGUAAAACUUGACAUUUUAAAUGAAGUAAAAAGAAAUUGGGGAUUUAGGUAUAUCAAAUUUGGCCUCAGGAUUUAAAAAUUGCAUUAGUCUUUCGAAUUUGUAACUUUAACUUAAUGGUUUAAGUGACAAAAGCGCGUAAAUUCUAGGAGCUGAAUUAGCAAAGUGUACUAAUCUAUUUCGUUUAAGUCUCUAGUUUUUAAAAGAAGGUUAAAUCGAAAAAUAUUGUGCUAAAUAUUUGGUUUCUGGUUUAGCAAAUAGCCCUAGUCUCUCUACUCUCGUCAUCAUUUUUGACCUUUGCAAUAUUGAAGAUGAAGUUGCUCAAAGCUUAGGUACAGGCUUAGAAAAAUGCACAAAUCUCUCAAGUUUGGAACUUUUACUAGAAUGGAAUAGAAUUGGACCAAUAGGUGCAUAAUCUUUGAGUUCUGCCUUAGCAAAGUGCAGUAAUCUCAGAAAUUUAAGAAUUAAGCUAAAUAGCAAUAAAAUUACUAAUAAGGGCGCAUUAGCUUUGAGUAAUUCUUUUAUUAACUGCACGAAUCUCUCCAAACUCGUGCUUUAACUUAGUUCCAAUUAAAUUGGUAAUGAAGGUUCAAAAAGUCUGUGUACUAAUUUAGCUAAAUGCACUAAUCUCUAAAGUUUGAAUAUCAACCUAAAAUAUAAUUAAAUUGGCAAUUUAGGUGUAUCUAGUUUAGGCUCUGCUCUUGUUAAAUUGAUGAAUCUUUCAACUUUGUAAAUAAAUCUUAGCUUUAACUAAAUUAGUGGAGAAGGUAUAUCUAGCUUAGGAAUUGCUUUAUCUAAGUGUGCUAAACUCUCAACAUUGAGUCUUGGUCUCUAUUGUAAUAAAAUGGUUUAACAUGGUGUAUCUGAUUUAAGUUCUUCUUUAGCUAAAUAUCCUUCUCUUUCAUAUUUAGAUUUGAGCCUUUCGUAUAAAUGUUUUUUUAUUGAUUUUAACUCUAUUAAUUGA